UCUCAUCGUCUCCGAGACAGAAAAAUCAGAAGGAAAAAAUGGCUGACGACCAAGAAGAGCCACCUCUUGCUAUUCGAAUCGAUCAAACUGCCGAGGAUCCACCCCAGUCCGUUCCAGAGCAACCUCAAGACGAAAACUUUUCAGUUGGGGUAACCGUCAUCACUGGCUACCUCGGUGCUGGCAAAUCCACACUUGUUAAUUAUAUAUUGAACGCCCAACAUGGGAAAAGGAUAGCUGUGAUUUUGAAUGAGUUUGGUGAAGAGAUUGGAGUUGAAAGGGCUAUGAUAAACGAAGGAGAAAGCGGUGCCCUUGUUGAAGAAUGGGUUGAGCUAGCUAAUGGGUGUGUUUGUUGCACUGUUAAACAUAGUUUGGUUCAAGCUUUGGAACAGCUUGUUCAGAUGAAGAAAAGGCUUGAUCACAUAUUGUUAGAGACCACUGGGUUAGCUAACCCUGCUCCCCUGGCAUCUGUUCUUUGGCUGGAUGAUCAACUGGAAUCUUCAGUCAAGCUUGAUUCUAUAGUUACUGUUGUAGAUGCCAAAAACCUGCGUUUUCAGCUAAACAAGCAUCGUGAUUCUUCCUCGUUUCCUGAAGCAUUUCUUCAAAUAGCAUAUGCGGAUGUUGUGAUUCUUAACAAGGUUGAUUUGGUUUCUCAAGAGUCUGGAGGUGCUCUUGAAGAGCUGGAGAAUGAGAUACGUAGCAUAAACUCCCUUGCCAAUAUCGUUCGUUCAGUUCGGUGUGAAAUAGACUUGUCACAAAUCCUGAACCGACAGGCAUAUGACGCCACACAUGCCUCUCAUUUGGAAGCCCUUUUAGAAGAAAGCAAAUCUAUAUCUUCCAGAGAUCCUCAUGAUAGCGGUGUGCGCACAUUAUGCAUUAGGCAGACAGAGGGUGUCGAUCUUCAAAAGGUUCGAUUAUGGAUCGAGGAGAUUCUUUGGGAUAAAAAGUAUGGCAUGGAUGUAUAUCGAUGCAAAGUUUUAAAUAUUCGAGACUCUGAUCAUCUACAUACUUUGCAGGCUGUAAGAGAGAUAUAUGAUGUUGUUCCGGCCCGCCAAUGGAGAAACGAGGAAAAGAAGACUAACCAGAUAGUUUUUAUUGGUUAUAAUCUGGAUGAAAACAUACUCAUCGAUUCUUUUCGAGGCUGUUUAUGCGAGCGAACUUAAUCCGAGUCAUGCCGAUUGAGUUCUUGUGAUGUACUAUUGAACUUUUUAGCUAGGACUAUAAUAUAACAGCAUGUAUGUUACAUAAAUCACUGGAUUUUUGGCUCACUCAAGUUUUAUGGAAUAAGAUAUUGAUAUUCAUGCUUGUUCUGAA